CCUUGGCGGGGAGACGCAAGGCGGGGGAGCCUCUGCACACUGAUCCCCGCAGCCCCGGAGCGGGAGUGAUGCUCACGGGCGGGCGCUGAGACUGCUCCGCGAAAACAGCAGCUGCAGCAGCAGUGGCGGUCCUCCUCCGGUCCCCUGUGCAUCCCCGGAGUCAUCGCCGAGCCUGCGACCCCCAGGAGCUGCGGCGACUCAAGUUCCCGCCAUGAGCAGCUGGCUCGCAGGGUUCAGCAGCCCAGGAAACUCUCGUCUGGGAGAGCGCGAGCGCAGAGCCCAGCGUCCCCAACGCACCUGACGCUGCCAUCGCCUGUCCUCCAACCUCCACUGCCACCGCCGCGUCUCCACCGCCAACGCCGCCACCUCGGCCUCGGCUGCAGCAGCAUCUCCAGCAGCAUGUCUCGCAGGAAGAUCUCAUCAGAGUCCUUCAGCUCUCUGGGCUCUGACUACCUGGAGACCAGCCCGGAGGAGGAAGGGGAGUGCCCCCUGUCCAAGCUCUGCUGGAAUGGCAGCCGGAGCCCACCAGGGCCAGCCGGCUCCAGAACGGCCGCCACAGCUGCCACCCCGGUCCCCGCUGCCUCUGCCGCCUCCGCGGCCUCUGCUGAUGCCUCCGCCGGGUCCAAGAGGGCGCAGCGCCGCCGGAGGGUCAACCUGGACUCCCUAGGCGAGAGCAUCAGUCUCCUGACGGCGCCCUCGCCUCAAACUAUACAGCUGACUCUCAAGAGGACACUACAGUAUUAUGAACAUCAAGUUAUCAGUUAUAGGGAUGCAGAAAAGAAUUUCCACAAUAUCUCUAACAGAUGCUCCUAUGAAGACCAUUCCAACAAAGAGGAAAUUGAAGAUGUCUCAGGAAUUCUUCAGUGUACUGCUAAUGUGCUUGGUCUGAAGUUCCAGGAAAUUCAGGAAAGAUUUGGUGAGGAAUUCUUUAAGAUAUGCUUUGAUGAGAAUGAGAGAGUCCUCCGAGCUGUGGGUGGUACAUUGCAGGACUUCUUCAAUGGCUUUGAUGCAUUGUUGGAACACAUUAGAACUUCUUUUGGGAAACAGGCCACUCUGGAGUCCCCAUCUUUCCUAUGCAAAGAGCUCCCUGAAGGUACUCUCCUGCUUCACUACUUCCACCCUCACCAUACUGUGGGGCUGGCGAUGCUGGGAAUGAUUAAGGCUGCAGGAAAGAGAAUCUAUCGUUUGAAUGUGGAAGUGGAACAAAUUGAAAAUGAAAAGUUGUGCUCCGAUGACUCAAACCCAAGCAACUGCAACUGUAUUUCUUUUCUUAUCAAAGAAUGUGAAACUCUGAACAUCACAAAGAAUAUUCCACAGGGUACUUCCCAAGUUCCUGCAGAUCUCAGAAUCAGCAUCAACACUUUCUGCCGAGCCUUCCCAUUCCAUUUGAUGUUUGACCCCACCAUGGCUGUUCUUCAGCUUGGGGAGGGCCUAAGAAAGCAGCUUCGAUGCGACACUCACAAAGUGCUGAAGUUUGAGGACUGCUUUGAGAUAGUCUCUCCAAAGGUUAAUGCCACAUUUGAAAGGGUUUUGCUGCGACUGUCCACUCCAUUUGUGAUAAGGACCAAGCCUGAAGCUUCUGGUACUGAGAACAAAGACAAGGUGAUGGAAAUCAAAGGACAGAUGAUCCAUGUUCCAGAAUCAAAUGCCAUUUUGUUUUUGGGCUCUCCAUGUGUGGACAAGUUGGAUGAGCUUAUGGGCCGAGGACUACAUCUCUCAGACAUCCCUAUUCAUGAUGCUACCCGAGAUGUCAUUUUAGUUGGAGAGCAAGCAAAGGCCCAGGAUGGUUUGAAGAAGAGGAUGGAUAAAUUAAAGGCCACUUUAGAAAGAACUCACCAGGCCCUAGAAGAAGAGAAGAAGAAGACAGUGGAUCUGCUGUAUUCCAUUUUCCCUGGUGAUGUAGCCCAGCAGUUGUGGCAAGGACAGCAAGUACAGGCCAGAAAGUUUGAUGAUGUCACCAUGCUCUUCUCAGACAUUGUGGGCUUCACAGCCAUAUGUGCCCAGUGUACUCCCAUGCAAGUGAUCAGCAUGCUCAACGAACUCUACACCAGAUUUGAUCACCAGUGUGGAUUUUUGGAUAUUUACAAGGUGGAAACAAUAGGGGACGCAUACUGCGUUGCAGCAGGGCUGCAUAGAAAAAGCCUAUGCCAUGCCAAACCCAUUGCUCUAAUGGCCUUAAAGAUGAUGGAACUAUCAGAAGAGGUUCUGACUCCAGAUGGAAGACCCAUUCAGAUGCGGAUAGGCAUUCACUCAGGCUCUGUGCUAGCUGGUGUGGUUGGAGUGAGAAUGCCACGAUACUGUCUUUUCGGGAACAAUGUCACUCUGGCAAGCAAAUUUGAAUCAGGAAGUCAUCCUCGGCGCAUCAAUGUCAGCCCAACUACUUACCAAUUAUUAAAACGAGAGGACAGUUUUACAUUUAUUCCUCGUUCUCGUGAAGAACUUCCAGACAACUUUCCAAAGGAAAUCCCUGGAGUCUGCUAUUUUCUGGAGGUCAGGACCGGUCCAAAGCCUCCAAAACCUUCACUGUCUUCAUCAAGAAUUAAGAAAAUUUCCUACAAUAUCGGCACGAUGUUCCUCCGGGAGACAAGCCUGUGAGGCUUGCAGAGGAUCAAAGAAUCCUCCAAAAAGCACAAGCCCAGAACAUGGGUCCCAGGAGAGGAGGAAGAUGUUGCUUCUCUUCCAGUGCUCUGUAAGAACCUAUAGUUUCUGUUCAAUGUCAUGCAAUAAUGCUUGAAAUGGUGAAGAACUGCUGCCAAAAAAAGAAGCUGGGUAGUGGCAACGAAAAGUAUCAUGCAUUCAUCCACAUGAUUGUUUGUCAUAUGUAUUUUAUUUCCAAGUGCAUGCCCCUUUCAAAAGUAAGCAAUGAUUAGCACCUGUGUUUCUUGCUUGUCACCCAUGCAGGUAUCUCUUCCUAUAUAUUUAUACCACUUUUGAGAGCUGGUUUUGAAUAUACAUUCCUACAUUUAGUGACCUGGUAGGUAAGGAAUAUUAUCUAUCUUUUCCUGAAAAGACAUUUCAUACAUAUAUCAUGGCAAUGUGAUUUUAAACUUCCAAGCAGGAAGAAUUGUAACCCAGCAAAAUAUUUUAGGGAUAUUACUUAUUUUUAUAAAUAUAUACAUAUAUAUCUUCUAGAUAAUUACAUUUCACAAAACAUGAUUAGAUAUUCAGAAUGUGCUGUUGCAUUGUUGGUGAUGUUAACCUAGUAAUAUAACAUAAUAUAGUUUCACUCUUUUAGAGAGAUUAGUGCUUGGACUGAGAAUAUAUAUAAAUAAGGCUAUCAGCUGUUGAAAAACCACGUGUGUCUGCUUAGUGACCACAUCUUUUAGAUUUAUUUAACGAGGCUUGGAGUCUAGAGAGAAUGGAAUUUUCUAGUAGCAGAUGUACAUGUAACUAAGAUUUGGGAAAGAUCUUUUCAUGAUUUUCAAAUGCAUAUCAGUUAAAAAACAAAUUGCUUUGCAAUGCUGGGCUCUUUUCAAUGUAGAUGGAGUUUGCAACCUUAAGUAGCCCUCUAAUAAAUAGCAUCUCAUGACAUGAUGCAUUAAUAACUGCCCUUCCUGUUUUGACUGAUGUCUUCUAAGCACUGACUGCCAGUCUCAACAAAUCCCUGAAGCCAGUUUUACUGACAAAGGCCUGCUAGGGCAUUUGUUUUUUAUUGCCUAAACACAAAACAAAGAAAAACUCUGGAAUUCAUGGCUUUGAGUAUCUAAAAAAGUAUAUUCUUCUGCAGUUUUGUUGAUAAGAUUUUUAAAGCAGUGUAUCAUCUCGGGAACACUGGAACAUGCCUAACUCCUGAUCUAGUAAGCACCAUACAUGUACAAAUAGAUUUCCAUUGCAUGUUCUACUAAAUUGAUGGCCUGCUACCAAUAGCCAACACUGCAUGAAAAAGUUAUUACAGGCUCACACUGACAUUAGGAGUGCACAGUGUGCCAGAAUUUUCAUACGUUGGAUCAGAUAUAAAAACCUAAACUUUAAAGAGUUCCAUGACAUGGAAGCAUUUACUGUUUCAAAAUAUUAAAGUGUACAUUUUCUUACUCCAGUAUAUAUACUCACGGGUAACUAUGUUUACUGUAUGCAAUAUAGUUUUUUAUGUUCAGGGAUUUGGGGCUGCAUUAAAGAUUUUAUGACACAGUUUAGAUAAGGCAUAUAUUAAUUUUCAGUGUUCUCCAUGAAGGUUAAUCAGUGUUUUGGCAUUCUCCAUGUAUGUGAAUUUGGGAUAUUAAAAACAUGCAAAGUAAUUGUUUUAAUCUUGAUCUCUUAUAAUUUGAGCUGUGUUUUUGCCCUGGUAUAUUGGAGACACUAGUUCAACAAUAUUCACAUGGAGAAGGCAAUAUGUCUCUAGUUUCUAAGCUGCUACCUGUUCCGCAUUUUUCCCAGGCAUAGGUCUCUCUUUUUUCACAAUGCUUAUAGAAGGCUAUCGUCUUGGGGAUAACAAUAAACAAAUUUCUUCAAUUGUGUAUUAGCCCUCCUCCUUCAGAGUAGAGGGGUUGGAGGAUUUGCAGAGAGUGUGGAUGGAAUAAGCUAGAGACACAAAGUAGUCAUGGUCAUACUGGAAAAUGCCUGAAGAAAGUAGAGUCUCCUUACUCUUGAGGAACAUCUAAACAUACCCAUGCUCAUGGAGAACAUUUAUGUCUAUUAUGUGCAGCAACUGUGUUUAUUAUAAUACAUUCAAUUAUUCAAUACUCAGUGAACAUGUUCUGUAACCACAAGGCUGAAAAAAGAUUUCCAAGGAACCAUCCAAUGUAUUUACACAUUUUUUGCAAAGAUUUGUCUGAGCAAUUAUCUUAAAUAUUCAGUUAUUUUCUCUGUAUUUAAAAAUAUGUAAGAAAUGCACACACACACACACACACACACACACAAUGUGUAUGUGCAUGUAUUUUUAAAAACCUGCUCUUUGAAAACCACCCCAUUAUCCAGUGAUUUGUUAUAGGGCUCAAGGCAAGAAUUUCUUCAUUUACUCUCAGAUUUUUCAAAGCAUCAUGAACUCUAUUUGUUUAAAUUAGUUUACAUAGAGAGGAAAUAGCCAUUACACUGUCAGAAAUAGCACCUUAAAGAGCUCUAAUAUAUAUAUAUAUAUACAUAUAUAUAUGUAUCACUAACAGGAAACUAUAUUUUUCAAACACUAAAAUCUAAUCAUAUUUCAAAAGAUAGUCUGAGUAAACUGUAAAAUCUUGUAUGAGGUUUCCAGACUAUUUCAAAGGACCAAAAUAGUUACACUGUUGCUGUGUGUGCUUUUGGGGCACUACAUAAAAUGGAAAAAACAACAACAACAAAAUAAAACCAAAAACAUGUUUCUUCAUUCUGGCUGAAAUCUUAGAAGGUAGAGGUUAUGGAAAAUUAUGCUUUCAUUUUUCCUACACAGCAGAGUUUAUAUGUUAAACCAUAGGAAUCUUGACUGCAAAUAUGAGACAGUAUUUUUGGUUUUAUUGACUAAAAUCUCUCCAUUACACACAUAUGCUUAUAAUUCUUAGAAACAGCAUGUAUUUUAGUGUGUCAGGUUGAAAGGAAUUUACAAUAGUUCCCAUAGAAACCAAGUGAUUGCAUAUUGGCAUAAUAUAUUUAUCUCACAUCUGAAAAUAUGAUUUCAAAUGCAAUUGCAGCUUCCCAGAUUCAGUGUUGGGUUAUAUAGCUAAUCCAGCAAUGAGACUUUGCACCUAGACAGGAUUACUAGCAGUUCCCACAGGCAGAAGGAUCAUGGGAUGAAAAGAACACCAUCAUCUCCAAAAAAAUCAUCCUCCUAGCAUAGCUAUUCCUAUAUUUAUGCAGAUUUUCCUAUAUAGAAUCUCUCUUAUUAACUUUAAUAAAUAAGUAAAAGUGGCCAAGAGUAAGACAUCUCAGAAACAUGGUUGGAUCUUUCAACUGUCAUUUAGUGAAGUUUUUCUGUGACCCAACUUUCUAAAAAUCUACCUCUGUAUGCAUUUUUCCUGUUGUAUUUUAGACAAUUUGGGGUUUCUCUUUCAAUGCCAUAUUACAUGAGGAGUCCAGUGAGCUAUGAUCCAUAGUUCUGUCACAGACCAUUAUAUAUAAAACUGGAGAACUGGUCUGUAGAUUCAGCACACAUUAGUUCUUAUAGUGUCAAACUUUCCUCUCUUGUGUAAUGACUCUGGUAUCAGGAUAGAGAUACAUGUUCAGAAAGUGAAAGCUUGUGCCUCUUCGGGGAAAAGCAAAACAGGAUAUUAAAGAGUUAAACAUUCUCAAGUGCAGUAGUGGUUUUAAACUUGCAAAUAAUUCCAAAGAGUUCUAGCAAUAAAGCAAAAGCACACAGAAACAAAGACUUUACAGAACCAUCUAUUUCCUUGUUCUGUACAGAAAGGGUGUUUCCGCUAACUGAAAUAGUGGGUCUGCAGUUGUCUAGUAUUGAGAGACUGCAGAUUAUGACCAUCACCAUUGACAGUUGCUUGCCUCUGUGAAUGACUGUUGGGUGUUGUACAAGAUUAGGACAGAAAGUAACAGCAAUGCAAGCUUCUGAAUUAUAAUGUUCUUUAGUUAAGACAUGAGUUAUCCCUCCCUCACCCUUUUGUCUUGUGUGUUCAGCAGAUGCCAUCUGAACCCCUCAAUCCCAGCCAUAAUCAAGCAUUAUUUCUUCUUUACUUCUGAACCAGACAGCCACAGAAAGAGUUGCUAAUGUGUAGCUAGAUGCACCCACUGUGUCAGACUUUCCUUACAAUAGCUAACUGUGUGCAGUCUGUGGACCAUUGUGUCUGUAUUUCUUUUCCAAAAUCAGCCAGAUUUGAAGCUCUUUGUGUAACUCCUAGAAUAUUGCAUUGGAAAUAAUUUUACAUACAUGAACUUUCAGCCAAUGAAACCUAAUGGUUCAAAUCCUUCUGCCAUUAUCAUAUCUUAGUUUGGUUCUUUCUAUUGUUAGAUUGUAGACAAGCUACAAAAACUGUGUUAUUUUAGAGACUUCCAUAAGAUGGUGUAGCAAGCAACAGCCCAAAUUUCUGAUGUAAGAGAGAAGAAAUUUGUUGGUACUGUGGGCUGUUCUUACAUGAGUGUGUCUAACUUGUAGCCAACUUAACACACACAUAAGCUGUGUUAACGAGAUGAAACAAAUUCUUUUUAGAAAGCAAAAUGGACUCAGGUCAUAAUCCUCAUGGUGGUGAAUUAAGAACAGCUGCUGGUAUUCUACACAUUAACAUAUUCUUGUCAGAGUCUAUUGAGAUAGUGUUCAAAUUUCCUUCUUCACACUUGAUUCAAAUAACUAGAACUUAAUUGUUAGUGUCCUGAUACCUUUCUGUUUCCUCUUUCUUCCUUUACUUUAAUUGAAAAAAAUACAAGACAUUGAUACAUUCAUAGGACAGAAAAAAUCACUACUGUGUCCCUUCAAAUUGUUUUAUAAAUUCCUGAAUCUCACCUGUGUAUGUGUGUGUGUGUGUGUGUGCACAUACAUGCAUACAUGUGUACAAAUAUGCGUGUGGUUUUUGGAUCUAAAAGGAAUGUCAUCUGUGGAGGACUUGGGAAUGUUGGAAAUAGUUUAUUGUUGUUGUUGUUGUAGUUGGUCUAGUAUGUUGUAUGUCCUUGUCAUACUUUCAGCCAAAUCUUCAUUGCUUUCUCCUGCUAUUCUAGUUUAAUGAUUCAGUUGGUCUGCUUGAAAGUGUCUGCCUAAUUCCUUAAGAAUUACCUAGGAAGCUUAGAAAUGUGAAUGUCUCGGUGGUUCCUUCCGAGAUUUUGAUGCAGUAGGUCUCAGGUUGGACCCAAGAGUCAGCAUUGAUGAAACCACUCUAGGUAACACUGAUAUUAAAUACAGCCAAAUGUGGUAGAACAAUGAUACAAUCUCAAUGACUACAAGUUAAUACAAGGUGACUAAGAUAGCAAUAUGCUAUUUCAUUUAGAAUUAUUUUGAACAUUUAAGCACUCUGGGAUUCUUUCAUAAAUUAUUAUUUCUGUCAUAAAUGUUGAGUUUAACUUUGGUUUCCAAUAGUGCUUCCAGAACAUGAAUCAUCAAACUUAUUAAGGAUAGAAGUAAGCACUGACAAGCAUGAGCGAUGAAUAUUGCCCACUGUAGGGCUAUUAAGCAUACUAGUUAUUUUCUUAGUCACUGCCAAAUUAUGCACCGUAUUACAUUUUCUGGCCCUUACUACUGAGGUACAGAGGUUUAGUUUAGGACACCAGCAUGUAUUGAAAUGACAGUCUUACUUCAGGAUGCUGUGGUCUCUGUUAUAAAAAGACUCCAAGUUAAUACUUAAUACUUUGUCUCACUAUGUACACUACUCAUUGGAUUUUAUACUUCACAAAAAGUAACUUUGUAGCAAUACUUUAUAACAAUCUUACAAGCAAUAAUUUAAGCCAUGGUAAUGAUGCCAUACAUAUUGAAUUUCUGUGCAUUUCACCAAACUUUUGGGGAAAUACAGACAUGUUUUCCAUAAGCAAUACUAUAGGUGGUUUGGAAUUUGUAAAGUUGUUUGGUGUUUUACAAAAAAAUGAGCAUCAAGGGUUGAAUCAGAGCUCAAAAAUUGGACGAAUAGUAUUCUAAUCCAUAUCAAAAGUCACUCAUUUGCAGACAUGUAGUGUAUUUUCAUCAGACUAUGUCAGGUAUAUAAUUUACAACUACCUAUUUUACUGUGGUUUCUAUCUUAAAGACGUCAUGUGCUAUUAUAAGAUUGCUCAAAUGUUUGAAUAUCUGUAGUUUAUAACAGCAAGAAACAAGAAUGUACAAAUGGAAGGAGAGUGUAAGUUGCAAGAUCUGAUUGAAAAAACAAAUUGUGUUGAAACAUCCAUGGGUCUUGGUUUGAGAAGGCUGUUCUUGCUUUUCAAGACUGAAGAUAGAAAGAACAAAGAGAUUUCUAAAGGUACCAAGAUUGUUAGAAGAGAGAGUCUUAAAGAGAAGCAGUCUCUGUAGUGGACACUCCUGAUUUAAUGAAUGCCAGGUAACACAUUAGUUGUGUGUUACUCUUUUGAGGCUUGUUGUUGAUUUUGUGUUUGUUUUUUUAAGAGGGAAAAGAAAACCAAACCAGUCAUUUUCAGUUCUCCAACAAGGCAGUGCCAGGAGUGCAGCAGCUGUGAGUCUCCAUAAAGCUGCAUUAGAAACUCUCCGAGCUAUUAAUAGCAACUCUCUGAAGGUGACAGACGGGAGUUUUGGGUACAGUGAUGAAGGUAAAUGGAAGUGUCAGAACAUCUGAAUCUACAAAACAGAGAAAGCCAAAAACAACUGUCUCUGCCUUAUGUCACAGGAAAGCCUAAUGGAUGUAGCACAGGACUGAUAGUGUGCAAGGUGCAUUAAACAGAACAUUCUCUUCUCUCUUUGAACAUGUUUGGCCGAGCUAACAUUCAUUAACAAGACUGUUUUGCACUUUGGACUCUCUCACCACUGCCAUUAUAGAAAUGACAUGUUUUUCUAUAUUGGGAACUUCUAUCACAAAAUCUGGAAAAUGUUUCAUGUGCCAUCAUUUUUGAAGCUAUUCCAUAUUUCAUAUUUCUGUUCAUAUUUUCUCAACCUACAAUCCAUCUGCAAACAAAGCAAGUAUUGGGCUUCUGAGGAAAACCACCUAGAUAUACCCAGGAACGUCUUCCUCCGGGAUGCUCGGGAGGACUCAAGUUAAGAAGAGAAAUCGGACAGUGUUCAAGGGAGAGGCGAAUAUGUUCUCUCUACCUUCUAAAGUUGAAAGGAGUUGGAGAGCCCGUAAUUAUCACUGAGACAUUUCUUAAUUAAUUGUAACAGGUUACUUCAUGCAGAAUUCAUUAAGGACAAAAAAUUUAGGAAGAGUAAGCCCUACCCAUUUUUAAUGAGACUCAUCAGUUUUAGAAAUAAUUUUAGAAUAUAUAUUUACUAAACUGAGUCAGCUCACUUGUGUAUACACCUCAGAUUUGGUAGGGUUUUAAAAAGUUUUUCCUAAAAUGCAUCAAUAACUUUAGCAUUGAGAAACUAUUUCUUGGCUUAGUCCCUCAGGUUUUAGCCUGUGGUGAUAACACUUAAUCACAAAUUAAUUACAUUUCAAUGAUUUUUAUUCUUCCAUUUUCUCCAUGUUACAGGAAAAAAGCUAUAGAGUUGUUAUAAAUAAGAUGAACUUACAAAUUGUGGCACUGAACCAUAUUUCUCUAAUUGAACAGUCUUGUACUUAAACUGUUAAACUAUUUCAGAGGUUGAUAGUAAAAUUCAAAAGUAGUGUGUUCAGUCUCAUUCACAUUAAGGCACAGAGUAAGGCACCUCAGAAUUGUCAGGCUAAAACCCAAAACGACAGACAGUUACCAACUAACUACAUCUGAAUCAUUGAAAUAACAGACUGUUCCACAUCAGUCAUGGCUAAGAAGAAACCAUAUUUCCACAUCUGAGAAAACAUCAGUUCUAAGAGCCAUUUUGCUUUCUUUUCUUUUCUUUUCCUUUCAGGGAGCAUUGCAUUUGUUCUGUGUUGUUGACUUUCAAUUCUAACAGAGAAAUAUCACUUCUUCUGAGAUUUGACCAGUGUAUUUGAAUGCAACCACUUAAAAACCCCUCAUUCCCUACCAGAAGCAUGGUAAGCUAAAUAUCUCCUGAGAAUAAAGCAAAAUACUGAAGCAUUAGCAUCAAUGUGAAAUAAUCCAAGACUUGAUUUGUGUAAAUUUGCACAUCGGAACAAAAUCUAACAUUUCUUUGGGGGUGGAUACCCUGAAAAAUAGUUGUUUGUAGUCAGUGGCAGAGUAUAUUGACAAAGAUACCAAACCAUCUCUAAUGGUGGCUCUUUAUGUCUAGCCACUGCAGUCUAGAUAAUAUAGAGGAUUAUAGAAUCAUCUAAAUCAAUUCAGAAGGAAUUUUAGAAAAAAUCUUGAAUUUUUGCUGUUGUGUAAGGUAAUUGUGGGUGGUUAGUAGCCAAAUGUAUCAAACCUUUCAUUUUAGUUAGUUUGAAGUUUAUCACCAGGCACUUGAAAAUUUCAGAAUCAUCAAUUGUUAUGUAAUUCUGUAACCUGAAAUAAUAGUCACAUCUUGCAUUUCUUUUAAUCCUUAAAACACGUCUUUUCUGUCUAUGACAUACAAAUUAUUUGACCAUAAAUGCUGUCUUAAUUGAAGAGUGUAUGUGAAAUAUUGAGGUGGAUUCAGCUGGAGAGAAGGAAAGAGUAAGAAAGAGGUCCCCUGUAGGGAGGACAACAAGGAGGCAUUCUUUUGCUUACAUUAAAAUUAUGUCUUUAGUCCAUCCUUGUUAACCCAAGAUAAAGCUUAGGCUAUUGAUAUGGAUAUUUCCUUACCUAAGUUUUAAAAAUCACAGUAUUUAUAUUCAAAACACUAUGAUGAAUGACACUAUAAAAUUCAGCAUGUCAAAAGUAUUAGAAAACAAACAAGGGACUUAAAACAGCUAAUUAGAAUGAUUAUUUAAAAGUACAAGGACAAAAUCAAAGUUCUUCAAUAAUUAUGUCCACCAGGACAGCAUUUGUUUCUGUUUGGAAAAUUUAGUACUGUGUCUUCAAUUGGUAUUUGCUACAUGACAAAUCGAACUGUAGCAUAGUUUUGUGCUAAUGAGAAGCCAGAUAAAAAUUCAAAUAUCUGCAUCAGCUACAGUUGCAAAUUAAAUAUAAUAGACCUGCAACAUUUAUGAAUAAAUCUCUCAAUAGAAGUCUAGUGAAUGGAUUGUACAUAUAUGUGCUUUGUAGGGCAACUGGUCAGGUCCCUAAAUAUGUUGGCAUUUUUAACUCCUGUACUCCCCUCUUUGUUUUCAAUCAUAAACUUCCCUUCCCUCCAUUCCUUCUUCCCUUUAUUCUGUCUUUUCUGUCUAUGUUUCUUCAUAAUUCUUAUAAGGUGCAUGACCACAGUAUUAUACUCUUUGAGUUGAGGCUCCUCUUGUCCACACUCACAUGACUAAAGACCUGUCAGGUAAUGAGGAAAAGGUUAGAACUUAGCAGAGAUCAUUUGGGAAGAUAAGUGACUGUGACUUUGGACUUUAUCUCCUGAAAUUUUUGUUUGACCAGAGAAACAUUGGUCUAUACAAGCAUCUUUGCAAUCUCCUAUGAAGUAUCAAAUCAACUUUUUAAAACAUAUGCCUUUCAUCAUUCAUAUCUUUACUUAGAAAAAUCUCACAGCUAAAUCUUCACAUUUGCAUUAGACUGACAAUCACAUUACUAAAGACUGAGGCUGAAACUAAGCAUUUUUUUCUGAAAUCUGCUUUCAAAAUUAUAGGUACAUCGAAUAGAGUAUGAUUUAACCAGGUCUUUAGAUAUAUGGGAUACACUGACAAACUUACUGGAUACUGCUCAGUUAACCAGAUUGGUAUGUUAUAGUGUGUCUAGGUCUUGGAGUGUGUGAAGAAUAUUCUACACAUUCUGCUGUGGAAUCAAUAUGUGGCAUUGCCCGUACUUCUUAGCUCUAUGCCUUUGAAUUAAUCCAUAAUUGUUUUAUUAAGAGUUUUGACUUAUUCACAAUUAUGAAUUUCCAUGGUCUGCAAUUUAGAAAAUGUUAUUUUGAACAUUUUAUAUUGUUAUAACAAGAGAUAAUCAUUUAUAAACCUCAAUUUAAAACUUUAUUUUUUAGGGAAAAUUGGAUAAUGUGUAGCACACAUUUGGUUCGUAAGAGAAAAUAACUCAAGUUUCUUAAGUUUACUAAAGAAGAAGUUAAAACAGAAAUUUUAGGAAACGUCAAUAUUUGAGUAACCUUUGAAUCUUUCAAAAUCUUGAAUGUUCCCAAACUUAAAUGUUAUUAUUAUACUUCUAUGCCAUUUUAUGAAUGUAAUAUUCAAACUUCUAUAGAAUAACUUCGUAUUCUCUAGAGGGACAGGAAUAUCAUUAAAUUUUCCUCCUUACAAGGAUAUUUUUCUGAAAUUAGCCACUCUAUCCAUUGUAUUUAUGUUCUUAGGGACAGACUCUGGGACCUCACAUAUGCUAGGCAAGAAUUCCAUCUGGGAACUACCCUUCCAGCAACAAACUGUUAUAUUUCAGUUUCCUUCUAAUUAUUUUCUUUACAGAAUACUUAAAUCCUGAUCACAUAAAAAUUAAGAUACAUUUUUUUAAAAAUUAACAACUCCAAACAAUAACAGCACUUGUCAUCUUUUAUUUAUCCCAUUCUUCACUCUGAACUUGAGAAACUGACCAAAUUGAAUUUUACGUGACUACUGAUUUUUCCUUAUUCAGAGUGAUUUAGUCUCUAAAGUGUAGCCAAUCUUAACAGUUAUUCAGCUGUCUUUAUCAUCUUCAUUUAUUUAGGUAAGUAGUUUUAAAGUGAUUUUGAAAUGGGAGAAAUGUGGAUAAUGCAAAUGAGAUAUUAAGCUGUGAGCCAAAGUUCCCUUUAAAUGUCUCAUGUGUUUUCUGCUAUCUUCUGAAAAUCAGCUUCUAAGAUUCCAAUGUACAAAAUCUACUCCCUACUGACCAUAGACUAUAUGGCAACAGUUACUACAUUAGAAAAUGUAGUCCUUCUGUCACAGCUGACAAUAAGGUGAGAAAAAUCAGGAGGUUCAGUAGGAAAACAGUCCAUGAAGAGAAGUGUUACUUUUUGUCGUUGUAAGAUGAUCCAUUUGUUUAACAUAGAAUAGAAAGCUAUCUUCCUGGGAGUUUGUCUUGGAAAAAAUAUAAGUAAUGGCUCCUGGCACCAACACCGGAUCUUUAGUAUUCAACUGACUAUCCUGUCUCAUUAUACUUUUAAAAAAUACCAAUUAAGUGCAUUCAGAAAUACAUACAACAUUCUUCAUUCCAAAAACAACCUACCUGAAUUCAGACUGUAUAACUGUGAGCUGCCAUUUUACAAAACCAAAGGGUCCUAUAUUCCAAAUAGUACUUAAAAUAUCAGACUUAUUCUGUUCAUUUGAGUGAAUAACACAAAACAUUCAACACUGCAUAGUAAAGACUAGGUUUUUAUGCUAACACAAAGACAUACUGAUGAUAUGGUAGACUGUCAUUGGUGUCUUCUGCAUGAGGUAAUUUUUUACUUAAAUAUAUACCUGAGUUAUUUUAACAUCUUGGUUCUUUUGUUUGAUUCAAUCUCAUGGGUCUAAAUUUCAGGCUAGGAUUUCUAUAAAUAGUUAUACAUAGACUAUUUUGCUAACAGACUAUACUUUGUGAAUCAUUUCUUUAAAAAAUCUACUUAUGACAAACAAAUUAUAAUAUCAUCAAAUAAUACCAGGUAAAUAUAUUAUUAUAUAUUUAGGGCAUGUUUAAAUUACAUAUGUUUUGAAAUGUCAACUGUUUUUCAUUUGCUUUAUUUUUAAUGAAUGCAUCUCUUAAACCUGUGCCAUUAAUUUUUUAAAGUUUCAUUUGGUGUUUCAAAUUUUAUUUUAGAGUAUUUUCUUUUAUACAAUAGCACAGGUUUCAAAGCUUUUUUUCUGAUUAAAAAGAUCAAAUAUGCUUCAUUUCAUAAGACUUUAAGAAUAGUACCUGCAAAUGUAUGGAAAUAUUUAUAAAAUUAUGAACAUCUACCAUAUUCUCCUCGUUUGCCCCGAAGCAUGAAUUUUUACGUGUUUGCUUAUUUUAUUUGUAAUUAUCCCAAAUUAUGUACAAUGUAUAUAUCCUGUUUCAUGAUGGAAUAGUUAUUGUAUGUGCAGACUGCAAAGCAAGGUGAAUUUGUACAUGAAAAGUGAUUGAUGGGCACCUGGGAUUCAUAAACAACGUGCAAAGGACAGGUGUGUGUUGUAUUUACAUGAUUCAUUAUAGAACUGUUUAAAUCAUGCAUUGUUUAUCUUAAAGGUUCAAACUGUCACUUACACAGUAUUUAAAUCAAUAAAUUAUGCCAAUGAAA